AUGACUCGAUUAAUUUUGACUAUAUGGAUCUCUCCCAAAGAAGAAGAAAAGUUGGUAGAAAUACUCAAAGCCAACAAAGGAGCUAUUGGAUGGUCAAUUUCAGAUCUCAAAGGCAUAAGUCCAACAUACUGCAUACACAAAAUAUUCAUGGAAGAUGACUACAAGCCAGUUGGUCAACCAAAGAGAAGGUUAAAUCUAGUGAUGAAGGAGGAGGUGAGAAAGGAAAUGCUAAAGUUACUUCAGGCUGACAAUAUUUACCCUAUUUUUGAUAGUGCAUGGGCAAUAUUUGCAGACUUGAUAGAAAAAUGCAUUGAAGUCUUUAUGGAUGAUUUUUCAGUGUUUGGCAGGUCCUUCCAUGAGUGUUUGGCUAGUCUGGAUGUUGUACUUAAAAGAUGCACCCAAUCCAAUCUUGUUCUUAAUUGGGAAAAAUGUCGCUUUAUGGUAAAGGAAGGCAUUGUCUUGGGUCAUAAAAUUUCUUCCAAGGGAAUUGAGGUUGACUCUCCAAAGUGGAGAAGAUUCAUCAAAGACUUUUCAAAGAUUGAAAAACCACUGAGCAACCUUCUUGUUAAAGACGCACCAUUUGUGAUGGAUGAUGAGUGCCUUAAGGCAUUUGAUGUGUUGAAGAAAAAGUUGAUUUAUGCCCCAGUAAUUGUAGCUCCUGAUUGGAACCAAGAUUUUGAGCUGAUGUGUGAUGCCAGCAAUUAUGCUAUAGACGUUGUUCUUGGCCAGAGAAGAGAGAAGGUAUUUCACACUAUUUAUUAUGCAAGCAAAGUUUUGAAUGACGCCCAGUUGAAUUAUGCCACCACAGAAAAAGAAUUUCUUGCUAUUGUGUAUGCCUUGGAGAAAUUUAGACCUUACCUCAUUGGGUCUAAAGUGAUUAUCUACACAGACCAUGCAGCUAUAAAAUGGGUGCUUUUGCUACAAGAGUUUGAUGUGGAAAUCCGUGACAAGAAGGGAAGUGAAAAUGUAAUUGUGGAUCACUUAUCUCAGUUGGUUAACAAUGAAAUUACAAGUAAGGAAGCGGAAAUCUGGGAAUCCUUCUUGGAUGAAACACUCAUGUAUAUCCAACAAAGGUCGUGGUUUGCUGAUAUGGCUAAUUUCAAAGCUGCAGGAGUAAUCCUAGAAGAUCUCAAUUGGCAACAAAGAAAAAAAAAUUUACAUGAUGCCAAACAGUUUAUUUGGGAUGAUCCUCACUUGUUCAAAAUUGGGGCAGAUAAUCUUCUAAGGCGCUGUGUUACUAAGGAAGAAGUGGAAGGAAUUUUAUGGCACUCUCAUGACUCACCUUAUGGGGGGCCUUUUAGUGGAGAGAGAACAACUGCAAAACUUGCAAAGGUACUCAAGCAUUAUGGUGUGAGACACAAGGUAGCUACACCUUAUCAUCCACAGACAAAUGGGCAAGCUGAGAAGCUAGAUGAUGCUCUUUGGGCAUAUCGAACUACAAUGAAGACAACUAUUGUAUUAUCUCCUUUCCAAAUGGUCUAUGGAAAGGCAUGUCACCUUCCGGUGGAGAUGGAACAUCGAGCUUUGUGGGCCUUAAAAUUCUUAAAUUAUGAUCCUAGUGACACUGCAGAAAAGAGAAGAAGGCAAAUUAUUGAGCUUGAGGAAAUGUGGCUACAUGCCUAUGAUUCUUCUAAGAAUUACAAAGAGAAUGUGAAAUUUUAUCAUGACAGGAAGCUGAUAGAAAAGGUCUUUAAUCCAGGACAACAAGUGUUGUUGUUCAAUUCCCGACUAAAACUUUUCCCUGGAAAGUUAAAGUCCAAGUGGUCUUGUCUGUUUAUGGUCAAGAAUGUCCUUUCACAUGGAGCAAUUGAGUUGACAGAUCCAUCCUCUACAGACCCACAAAGAAGUUGGAUGGUCAAUGGACAACGUCUCAAGCAUUAUUUGGGUGGUAAGGUGCAAUGCCUUUCCACUGUUAUGGAGUUGGUUGAUCCACAUUGA